AGGUCUGCAUCUUCCUCCUCGUUGGAAAGCUCGGCUCAGUCUGGGGCAGCGAAAGACGCAGGUCACAAAGGGCCACAGGCAAGCAGCAAAGGUCCAGCGACGCUGGAGAGGAACCAGAUGGAGACAGUCCAAAGGUGCCUGGUUCCACUCCUGUGCACCAAGGCGGACGACUGGGUAUACUUGAUGGCACUAACAGAUGAGGAAGGAGCUGCAAAAAUCCCAUCCCAAGUGGUGGAAUGUUCACCAUCCCCGGCGCUGAUCAUGGAGACCACCAAGACGCUCUACGGAGAGCAUGUUCCAGUGCGGUUGAUCCCGCACUCUUCGAUGGUACGAGUUAUAUGUGAAUCUGUACAGGGCUACACCAAGAUGUACUUUCCCAUCUUGGACGCCCGCGUUCCGCCAGAAACAGCGAACCUCCUAGCGCAGUUGGGAGUCAGAUGGAUCCAUAUGGACCUGGUUCGGGAGCGGAACAUGCAGGAGUUGGAAGCCAUUAAAGUUUUACCAGGCAUUUCAGCACUGGUCCUGCUAAAUGUCUAUGAAAAGCUGCUCCCCGAAGAGAACCUCCACUCCGAGUUCCUGUCGCAGAGCCUAUCAGAAGAAUGGAAAUCCAUUUCAAGAGCGAGCUCCUCGCAGGGCAAUCACAUGGCCAAAUGGGAGGGGGCGAGGCAACACUUCGACACAGCAGCGGAGUGGCUGGACGGAGGCAUCGUCAUAGAGUCCGGAGUGCUGGACGUCUGCUCGAGAAUCCUGGCCAGAGCAAGAAAUGUGAAGGAAGCGGAGUGUAGGAGGAGAAUAGAGGAGGCAGAGGAUCGGAUGGAGGGACACCCAAUAUCGGUCAUGGUAUGGGCGGCCGAAAGAGAAAGAAGAAUGGCAGAGUGGGACAACCUGCAGGAGGAAAAAGAGAGAAGAUGGGUGGAAAUCCUGCAAUUGAAGGGAGUGGAAACUCAUGACAGAAUGACGAAGGAGACGUUUCAAAAGCUGCAACCACGAAGGACGCAGCAACAGAUGGUGGAGCUGCGUCACUCUUUCAACGCAUCAGCCCCCUCAGCGUGCUCAUCUUCGAGUAUGCUGCAGUACGCGUGCCUAUACUACUCGGACAUCCUGACUUCGAGGCGAUUGCAGGACAGCGUUGAUACACACCUCUCUCAAGUAUCGAACAUGUGGGAGGACACUACGGUCAGACUACACGCGGGCGGUAGGCUGGACCUGGACCGUCCACUCACCUUGGAAGAAAUCUCUCAAACUGUCAAGACCAUGGCGAAGGGCAAGUCCCCAGGGGUGGAUGGACUCACUGUCGAGUUCUACAUUGCAAACUGGACUGUCUUUGGGCCUCUGCUGGUAGAACUCUACAACGAGGUCCUAGUGGGGGGUAAGCUGGGGAAGGGUAUGACACACGGAGUUAUUGCAGUCUUAUUCAAGAAAGGCGACAAGGCAGACAUAAGGAACUGGAGGCCCAUCUCGCUACUAAACGUGUCCUACAAGAUCCUAGCCAAAUCGUUGGCCAGAAAAUUGGCUAGGUAUCUUCCGGAACUAGUGGCACCUGACCGAGGCGCGUUUGUGCAGGGACGCUCGAUCUUCAACAACAUAGUUACGACAAUUGAAACGCUUGAAGUGAUCCAGCAAGAGAAUCUAGACUACGCUGUCCUGCAGCUGGACCUGGAGAAGGCUUACGACAAAGUAGGCUGGACUUUCGUGCUCACUACAUUGCGCUGGAUGGGCUUCGGGGAAGGGUUUUGUGCGUGGGUCAUUGCUCUAUACACCUUCUCCACAGCCGCAGUUAUGAUCAACGGGCACUUGUCAGAGCCUUUUCCACUCACAAGGUCACUUAGACAGGUUUGUCCUCUAGCACCGCUCAUCUUUGUGAUCCAGUUGGAGGUGAUGCUGAACAAGAUCCGGGCUCACCCGGUAAUUCGAGGACUGCAGCUGCACGCGGGUCAAGAAUGCAGGGUGAAGGCGCUGGCCGACGACUUAUUUGCAGUUUGUGAAAACUCCGAGUCAGCGUUGUCAGCAUUGAAGGAUGUACUAUGUGAGUACUCUGCGCUGUCGGAGGUAUCUGUGAACUGGUGUAACAGCAAUAUGGGAAAUAUAGCUGGCAGAGGAGCGGAACAGCAAGUGAAUCCAGUCACGACUGAGGAAAACCGAUCAAGAAUACGAGACUCGGUGAGUCGCUGUUACGAUGAAGGAGUGUGCCUAGAUGACAUACAUCUGGGAGAAGUAAUUGAAGACGAAGGGGGUAAGCGUUUUGUUGUAAAUGAGUUGAUGAACAAGGUAAGAGACGAAUGGUUAAAAGAGAGGUUUGUUAUUGUAACCUUCCAAGGCGAAGCCCGUAGCCUCACGAGACCGGUCAAGGAGGAUCUGAUUUGGGCGUAUGAGGAUGGUUGGACAGCCAGGCGGUUAUUUCACCCGGACAACAGACGUGGGAGGAUAAAGUUUGAAGGUCCUAAUGUCGUAUCCUACGUUGCAAAAGCAAAGGAGAUUGCGGAUUGGCUCAUUCAAGAAGGGGAGUUGAAGAUCAAACUGGGCACAAAGGAGUACAAGGUGUUGUUCAAGCCACGUCUGUCUCAGCACGAACUACAAAAAGUCAGGCUCCAAGAGGCAGAGAGGAAAUUCUGGAUCAUGGCUCUAAGGGUCCCGUUGGACGCCUACUUCUACCUAAGGAGUGCGGUAAAGGGCAUGUUCGGUGAAGUGUUAGAAAUGCACAACCCGGAGUAUGAGAAAGACAGGCCAAGACUCAUGAAUGUCAAAUUCGACAUGCCGUCUGAGUCAAGAGGCAACAUUGAUGACGAGCUAGUGAUAGAGUCACCUCAAGGAGAUCGCUGGAAAGUGGAUAUAGUUUCACCGUAUACGGAUUGCUGCAGAAGGUGCAAAUGGUAUUACCAUACGGAGGAGUCCUGCCCUCGUCGUCAGAACGAGGAGGGCCGCAGAAACAACGACAAAAGGCAAGGGGGUCACAGGGCAAGAUUCCAGGAGUUUUUGACAAACCAGGGAGUGGAAGCGGUGCAGAGCUCGAGAAACGGACCAGACGCUGACCAGCAGAUGAGACACUCGCAACAACAAUCGAGACAGGCUCGCCAGCAAGAAAGACGAGCACAUGCGAGCCAUGAACAUGUGGAGUCAGCUAUACAGCAAUACGGUCCCAGUGCAUCGGGUCAAAGAUGGGCAUGGAUGAAGGUUCUAGUGGCCAACGAAGAGUGGGUGUUCAUGACAAUCUACGCCCCGACGGUCGUGAGUGAAAGAGCGAAGUUUUUCAGCCGAUUGCUGCAGCACAUCCCAAAAACGGAGAAGUUGCUGAUAGGUGGAGACUGGAACCUGAGCCUGGAUGAGGCACUGAGGAUAGGCUCCCCACAAGCAGGCAGGAGAGAUGCUCAGACCCUGCUGGAGCUGAGCGAGGAGCUAGACUUGGUAGACCCCUUCCCAGCCCUCAACCAAGGAGACCUGGGGUACACCUGGUGAUUGGAACACGUCUUUGGACAAGAAUGAAGUGAUUAGGGGUAGUAAAGACAUUAAUGAGCU